CCGGAAGACAGUCGUGAAAUUUCGGCGAUCCAACGGAAAGGACCGUGUUGAAACAGUGUGACAGAAUGGAAACCAUGAUAUUAUGUUCUGCGCUGCUAUUGGCUUUUGGGUCGCACAUUAGUCACGCUGUGUUCACCGAACAGGACGAUUCGCAACGAUUCGAGUCUAUUCAGGAUACUCAGGAAGCACAUUCACGACACAUUGAUAAUGAGGGGCUUACGCAUACCGACGAAACCCAACCCAGGAUGCAGAGACGGUCCAUGUCUUGGACCCAACAGGUGGCCAAUUAUGCCGCGAUCGCUGCCGUGGGAUCGGUCAACCAGAAGAACCUCCAGCCACCCGUUCGCAACGAUACGGAAGAGGAAUCCGUUCAAUUGUCGGAUGAGGAAAAAGUCGCUCCGAUGAAGAAACCGAUGAAGGGACAAAGCUCCAAACCGAUCCAUUUUCCCCACACCGGUAAGCCCAACAGGAAGCCAUCCGGGCAUAAGAAACCUCAUCCGAAACCGACCGGUGACAAACACAAGCACCGUCGUAAGCCCACCGCUUCACCGACGAAAUUUAUCACCGUUGUCGUGCCCCACUCAUCCCAGAACGACUGGUAUGCGCCCCAGCAUCUAUCGCUGAUGCACAACGACGUCUCCUUCGACGGCCCUGAGGUGCACUUUACCAAAGCUAGCGGGCCUCACGGGGCUUCUACCUUCAAUGAGGCCACACCUCAGAUGCCUCAGUUCGCCGACAGCUGGCACGAACCGCAACAUCUGCCGAUAAUGAACGGCGGGGUUCCGAUGGAUACACCGGAAGUGCAACAGGUCAAAGCUGCCCAUUUGAGUGCACUGGCAGCAGCCAGUGGGUCCCGGACGCGGUAUUAUAUGCCCCGGUGGUAUCGACAGAUGUAUUAAAUCACAAGCAAAACGUUGCCUCUCAAAGACUUAGAUUCGCACACACUCGAAUAAUGUUGUAAAUAUUUAGAGUAAAUGUUAGAGAUUUAUCCACAGCUUAUAUUUUAAGUUAUGUCUGAUUUAUGUAGAA